UUCAAAAUCAACAAUUUGUAUUUCACACAUUAAUUGAUUCCACACAAUUUUUUUUAUUUUAUAUUAUGAAAUAUUCUUGAGACACUCCGCUUUCAAAUGAAUUCGAAUAAACCAGCGUUUAGUAAAUUUAAUUUCGGCAGCUGCUUUAAAACGCCGUUUACAAGAAUACACAAUGAAUCAAAUGCGUCAGCAACAACAACGACAAUAACAUCAACAGCAACUUCAGUAAGGCAGCAACCACGUAAUUGUGAGCACGCGCCUCUUGGCAAAUUAUGUGAACCGGUCAAACUGAAUGUUUAUGACAUAGUAAAAAUGAAUGAAUAUUCUGCGUAUAUCGGACUAGGCGUCUUUCACUCCGGAAUCGAGGUAUAUGGCACAGAAUUUGCUUAUGGUGGGCAUCAGUUUCCCUUUACGGGUAUCUUUGAAAUGUUGCCACGCGAUCAAGCGGAUUUAGGUACGAAUUUUCAAUUUCGUCAAACCGUUAACUUGGGUUGCACACAAUUCACAUGUCAGCAGGUGUAUCAGAUUGUCGAAGAGUUGGGUGAGAAGUUCACUGGCAGUUCAUAUCACUUGAUCAAUUGCAAUUGUAAUCAUUUCUGUGACUAUUUGGCGCAAUUUCUCUGCGGCAAGGGCAUACCAGGUUGGGUAAAUCGCCUGGCAACCAUCAGCGCGUACGUGCCUUUCUUGCAACGCAUUCUACCACGAGAUUGGCUGACGCCAAGAUCGACGCUGCGCGAAAGUGUAACCGUAAUGGAAAAUAGUAAUUCAACCUCAUUUACUAAUGUACUUAAUAAACAGAUAUAAAAUUAAUAAUAGAAA